UUCAGUAUCAAUGUAACCAAGAUACGAAUACUACAAAAUGGGUAGUUUUGUUAGCAGGUGGUAUCAAUAUUACACACCUUGGAUACAGUAUGCAGGCGAGUAUGUAUCGCGCGUAUCACGUGAUCCGUGCCCGGGGUAUACCCUCUGACCACAUAAUAGUCAUGCAUUACGACAACAUGGCGUACAAUCCUAUGAACCCCACCCCCGGUGUUGUCAUCAAUGAGGUGAACGGUACGGAUGUCUACCACAACGUCCCUAAAGAUUAUACCGGCAAUGAUGUCGACCCCCAGAUAUUUAUCUCGAUGUUGAAAGGUGGUUGUUUUGAAAAGCCGUGGCUAGAUUAUUUGGAAAGUAAAAAUGAUCCAGACGAAACACUGCAACAGCAAUACGAGUAUAUCUACAAAACUAGUUCUGUGGUCAGGGAGAAAAUUAGACUUGUUCAAAAUAUCUCAGUGCCGCUCCCCAUGUACCCAGUACAGUUUGGCGAUUUGCGAGUGGCUAAAUUAAAAGUAUCGCAAUUUUUCAACAAUUGA